AUGGAGUGUGGGCUAUUAAUUUGUGUCACCGUACCCUUGCUGAACUGUGUCGUACACCUUCCAUGCGGAUUUUUCAUCCAGACACUCUCCUACCGUAUAAGGAUUGGCAACCAUGUUGUCACGCACCAAAGCUGCGUCGAUACCCUUAAUGCGGACCCUACGAACGGCUUCUUGCGACACGAAAGACGAACGGCUUCUUGCGACACGAAAGACGAACGGCUUCUUGCGACACGAAAGACGAACAGCUUCUUGCGACACGAAAGACGAACGGCUUCUUGCGACACGAAAGACGAAUGCCAGCAAACGAGCAAAACGGCACCCACAACUGCUGCCGACGGACGACUGACCGCAACGGCUGCUGUCGCCCAAGAAAAGACGCCAAACGACUCGCGCAUCUUCUUCUUAUAUCUAUCCUUAUCUAGUCUAUCCUUAUCUAGUCUAUCCUUAUCUAGUCUAUCCUUAUCUAGUCUAUCCUUAUCUAGUCUAUCCUUAUCUAGUCUAUCCUUAUCUAGUCUAUCCUUAUCUAGUCUAUCCUUAUCUAUCCUUAUCUAUCUAUCCUUAUCUAGUCUAUCCUUAUCUAGUCUAUCCUUAUCUAGUCUAUCCUUAUCUAGUCUAUCCUUAUCUAGUCUAUCCUUAUCUAGUCUAUCCUUAUCUAGUCUAUCCUUAUCUAGUCUAUCCUUAUCUAGUCUAUCUAGUCUAUCCUUAUCUAGUCUAUCCUUAUCUAGUCUAUCCUUAUCUAGUCUAUCCUUAUCUAGUCUAUCCUUAUCUAGUCUAUCCUUAUCUAGUCUAUCCUUAUCUAGUCUAUCCUUAUCUAGUCUAUCCUUAUCUAGUCUAUCCUUAUCUAGUUCUAUCCUUAUCUAUCUCUUCUCUUUUGAAUUUCUUUUGAAAAAACUUCAAUCUCUUUCUUUCCGUUUUCUUCUCUUUGUUCUCUUGAUAUUUCUUUCUUUCCUCUCUUUCUUUUCACUCUCUCUUUCUUUCACUCUCUCUUUCUUUCACUCUCUCUUUCUUUCACUCUCUCUUUCUUUCACUCUCUCUUUCUUUCACUCUCUCUUUCUUUCACUCUCUCUUUCUUUCACUCUCUCUUUCUUUCACUCUCUCUUUCUUUCUCUUUUCCUCUUCUUUUCUUUCUUUCUUUCUCUUUCUUUCUUUCUCUCUCUUUCUUUCUCUUUUCCUCUCUCUCUUUCUUUCACUCUCUUUCUUUCUCUUCUUUCUUUCACUCUCUCUUUCUCUCUCUUUCUUCUCUUUCUUUCUCUCUCUUUCCUCUCUCUUUCUUUCACUCUCUCUUUCUUUCUUCUCUUUUUUCACUUACUUUCUUUCCACCCACUUUCUGUACAUUUCCUCUAUAUUCUGCUCUCCUCCUUUCUUUUCACUUUUCUUUCCUUCCUUCUCUUUCCUCUCUCUUUUUCUUUCACUUUCUUUUUCUUUCACUUUUCUUUUUCCUUCUUUUUUUUCUUUCCUCUCUCUUUCUUUCACUCUAUUUUUCACUCAUCCACUUUCUUUCACUCUCUUUCUUUCAAACUUUUCUUUUUUUUUCUUUUGUUGCUCUCUUUUCUUUCACUCUCUCUCUCUUUCACUUUUUUGUUACCUUCACCCACUCUCCUGGAAACAAAUGCCAAACUUGAUCCCUUCUUAUCUGUCUCUCUCCCUCUCACCUUUCAAGUGUUUUGGCAUCCCAAAGCAAUGUGCUGGCACCGGUACCUACUAGCACUCAUCUCCCUUUACCGGCCCUUUUUGCUUGGGGGCUUCUUUCUGACCCUACACCGGUUGAAGGUUCCUGGUGCUCAGCCUCUAUCUAGUUUAGCUGCCCCCAGCACGGCCGCUUGGCAUGCCCCCAGCUUGGCCGCAUGGCUUAGUUUUCAUCCUUUAAAUAUCUCGUCAUUCUUGGACAUCUCCGGUAAGAACUAUCGCCUUUCUUCCUUCCUAUUAUGGAAUUAUUUAAUGCAAGCAUUAUUUUUUAGUAUCAUUUUCUUCCUUAAACGAACUUUGUUUACCUUCUCACCACGUACGGAACCUCCAUCUUUCCUCUCUGAACUCUACUGUUACUCAGCAUAA